AUGUGACCCCCUGGGUUGGCUUUCCAACCACCGCCCUCACCUGCUGCGUCCAGCGGUCCGUGUCCCGCCGCCAGCUCCGUGUCCGCGCAGCGCCCGCUCAGCAUGCGCCUACCGCUCGGCCUCCUCCUCUCUGUGGCCUCCCUGGCCCUCCUACACCACCUCAGUUUGGCCAGGAACCUCCCCACGGCCCCAGCAGGCCCGGGAAUGUCCCAGUGCCUCAGCCACGCCCAGAACCUGCUAAAGGCUGUCAGCAACACUCUUCACAAGGCCAUAAAAACUCUAGAAUUUUACUCCUGCACUUCUGAAGAGAUUGAUCAUGAAGAUAUCACAAAAGAUAAAACCAGCACAGUGGAGGCCUGCUUACCCCAGGAACUAACCACGAAUGAGAGUUGCCUGGUUUCCAGAGAGAUCUCUUUCACAACUAAUGGGACUUGCCUGGCCUCCAGAAAGGCUUCUCUUAUGAUGGCCCUGUGCCUUAGUAGUAUCUAUGAGGACCUGAAGAUGUACCAAGUGGAGUUCAAGGCCGUCAGUGCAAAGCUUUUGAUGGAUCCUACGAGGCAGAUCACUCUGGAUCAAAACAUGCUGGCAGCUAUUGAUGAGCUGAUGCAGGCCCUGAAUUUCAACAGUGAGACUGUGCCACCCAAACCCUCCCUUGAAGAACUGGAUUUUUAUAAGACAAAAAUCAAGCUCUGCAUCCUCCUUCAUGCUUUCAGAGUUCGUGCAGUGACCAUAGACAGGAUGAUGAGCUACCUGAAUUCUUCCUAA